UAAUAAUCUAUUCAUUUAAAUUUGAUGUAUGGUUCAAAAAGCCCACAAGCCAAGUUAAUAAAAUAAACUGACAGUUGACAUUAUGUUUUCUUUCUGACUCCUGUCUCUUUUCUUUUGUCAAAAUAGGCGGAAGGUAGUGUAUCAAGAUGUUGAUGCCAAAACAGAACCGUGUAUCUAUUUAUGAGUACCUGUUCAAAGAAGGUGUUAUGGUAGCGAAGAAGGACUACCAUGCACCUAAACACCCAGAUCUUGAGAAGAUUCCUAACCUUCAAGUUAUUAAAGCUAUGCAGUCUUUAAAAUCGAGAGGUUAUGUAAAGGAACAGUUUGCGUGGAGGCAUUUUUACUGGUACCUCACAAAUGAAGGUAUCGAAUACCUGAGGAUCUUCCUUCAUUUGCCACCUGAAAUCGUCCCAGCAACCCUUAAGAGAUCAGUACGCACAGAGACAGUCAGGCGUGGCACUGUUGGUCGCCCUGAUGCCCCAGCUCGCUCAGCGGAAGACCGCUCGGCGUAUCGUCGUGCACCAACUACUCCAGGUGCUGGAGGACACGAUAAGAAAGCUGACGUAGGACCAGGAUCAGCUGGUGUUGAAUUUAGAGGAGGAUUUGGACGUGGAAGGCCUGCACCUUAAUUAAGCGAAAUAAAUGUAAUAAUUGUCUAA